AUGGCGAGCUUUAUCUCUUCAUACCUACCGUUUGGAAGAUCAAAGGACGAAAAUAUGCCGGCGCCUGAGAAGAAUAGACAGUGGACCACGGGUCAGGAUGGCCUUGAUAAGCUUGCUUUUGGGGAGGGUGAAGUGCCCAAGCCGAAGGAGGGGGAGGUUUUGGUCAAGGUUCAUGCUGUUGGGUUGAAUUAUCGCGAUACUGAAGACACUCUCGUGCCUUGCUCCGAUAUGUGCGGCACCGUCAUCCAGAGCUCAUCGCCAAACCUCAAAGUCGGCGCUCGCGUCAUGUCCAUCUUUAACCAGACCCAUCUCACAGGCCAAGUCACCGAGAAAGACAUGGCCUCCGGUCUCGGUCUCCCUCUCCCCGGCGUACUCACAGAAUAUCGCUGCUUCUCAGCCGAUGCUCUCGUUCCUGUACCCGAUUAUCUCUCCGACGAAGAAGCAGCGUGUCUCCCUAUCGCAGCUGUGACAGCUUGGAUGUGUAUCAACGGCAUGCGACCGCUCGGCGAGCCUGCUGAUGGCACCAAGAAGAUGGAAACUGUUCUUCUUCAGGGCACCGGUGGUGUAGCGAUCGCGGGGCUGCAGAUCGCCAAGGCAGCUGGGCUAAACGUCAUCAUCACUUCUUCAUCCGACGAUAAGCUCGAGCGCGCGAAGAAGGAUCUCGGCGCCGACACGGGCAUCAACUACCGCACGCACUGGGAGUGGCAAGAGCCCGUGAUGAAGGCGACGCAGAACCACGGCGCGGACAUCAUCUUCGAGACAGGCGGUGCGAGAACACUGCGCAAGUCAUUCGACUCCGUAGCCUUUGGCGGACUGAUCAACUGCGUGGGCUAUCUCGCCGGCAAGGAAGAGGAGCAGGACACUGGGGGCCAAGUGGGCGUGAAUGUGCUCGCUCUGAGGAGGAAUGUGACGCUCAAGGGGAUUCUAAACGGGCCCAAGGAUCGGUUUGAGGAGAUGGUGGCGUUUUAUGAGAGGCAUUCUAUCCACCCUGUUGUGAGCAAGGUGUUUGGGUUUGAGGAGGCGAAUAAGGCGUUGGAGUUUCUGAGCAGUGGACAGCAUUUUGGAAAGGUUGUGGUGAGGGUUUCCAAGAAGGAAUAG